CUUCUUCGACCUCUUCCCAUGGCCGACUCUUAUUUCCUCACACUCUUAACCCUUCUCCUCUUCCCUUCUUCCCUCUCCGCCUCCUUCACCGUCAUCAUGCCCGACUCCGACUCCGGCGCCCCCUCCGCCCUCAUCGACGGCCCUCAAUCCGGCUUCUCCCUCCACAAUGCCGCCGUCCGUACCGACCCCGCCGAACAAUCCGCCGUCUAUGACAUCAUGUCCGCCACCGGAAACUACUGGGCCACCCAAAUCCCCGACGUCUGCGGCGGCCGCUGGCACGGCAUUGAAUGUAUGCCCGAUAAUCACAAUCUCUUCCACAUCGUCUCAUUGUCUUUCGGCUCACUCUCCGACGACACGGCUUUUCCGACGUGCGACGCCACCCGGUCCACCAUUUCCCCUUCCCUUACCAAACUCCCUCACCUUAAAACGCUAUUCUUUUACCGUUGCUUCUCUAAUAAUCCCCAAUUUAUCCCUUCCUUUUUAGGGCAGUUGGGUUCUUCGUUGCAGACCUUAGUCCUUAGAGACAAUGGGCUUAUAGGCCCAAUUCCGACUGAAUUGACCAAUUUGACCCGCCUCAAGGUUUUGGAUCUUCAUGGGAAUAACUUAAACGGGUCGAUUCCGGGUGGGUUAAACCGGUUGCUCGGUUUGAGGUCGUUGGAUUUGAGUCGGAAUAAGCUCACGGGUUUGCUCCCCAGUUUGGGCUUGUCUAAUUUGAGAAUACUUGACGUAAGUCAGAAUCUUCUGAUGGGUUCGAUUCCAAUUGGAAUUGUUAGGUGUCAGUCUUUGAUUAAGUUGGACUUGAGUCGUAAUCGUUUGACUGGAGUGAUUCCCGAAUCUAUCAGUGGUCUUACACAACUUGUUCUUUUGGAUUUGAGUUAUAACCAAAUCUCUACACCACUUCCGACCUCGUUCCCGCUUUUGAGUUCUUUAGAAGCUUUGAUUUUGAAAGGAAAUGCGAUGGAUUGUGUUUUGUCCAGUGAUUUGUUUGAUGGUAUGAUGAGCUUAAUGACUUUGAUUCUUUCUAAUAUGGGCUUUCACGGUCCAAUCCCCAAUUCUUUGGGUCGGUUGCCCAAUCUUAGAGUCCUACAUCUUGAUGCCAACCACUUCAAUGGCUCAAUCCCUUUAAGUUUUCAAGGCUUGACAAACCUCAGUGAUUUAAGGCUCAAUGAUAAUGAGUUGACUGGACCAAUUCCAUUGCGAAAGGAUACGAUAUGGAGGAUGAAGAGGAAGCUUAGAUUGUACAAUAACUCAGGAUUGUGUUACAACUCCAAGGGUGGAGUUGUCGAUGUCUCGGGAUCGUCCUAUAAUAUAGGUAUCGGCCCAUGUAAUGUCCCCUAACUCGAAUGAUGGAGAUGUAUCUUUAGACCAUGAAAAUAUGUAGCUUGAGUUGGUGUAAAUGAACCACAUGGGAUAGUUUCUAAUAAGAUUGAAGCUUAACUCUCUCAUAUA